UGUCUGGUUGCUCUCGCCUCUCGCUCCUCUCCUGGGCGGGGCAGGGAAGCGUGCGUGCAGGACGACAACUGCAAGCUCCCCGACUGCACCUGCGCCUCCACCCAGGGCCCCUUCGGCGACCUCCCCAUCGAGUACACGCCCCAGUUCGUCGUCCUCUCCUUCGACGACGCCAUCACGUCACCAACUAUCCCUUCUACCUAAACGUCCUGAACUCCUACACGAACCCGAACGGAUGCCGCGCCACCAUGACGUUCUUCGUGUCGCACCUGUACAACGACUAUGCGAAGAUGAACGAGCUCCACCGCCUGGGCAGCGAGAUCGCCGUUCACUCCGUCACACACAAGGCCGACGUGGAGCACUACUGGCGGCCGGGCGAACUACACCGUCUGGGAGAACGAGGCAGUGGACAUGAAGGCGAUGCUGAUGAAGUAUGGUUUUAUCCCGAGAAGGACAUCAAGGGUUUCCGAGCUCCGUUCCUCGAGGUGGGAGGGAACGACAUGUAUCAGGCUCUCUACGACAACGGCUUCAGCUACGACUGCUCCUGGCCGGCUCUGCAGUACACCAACUGGUACGGCGAGGAACCGCUAGGUGCGCUGUUCCCAUACACGUUGGAUUACCUGUCGCCUCAGGACUGCACCGUUGGAAGGUGCCCCGACGCCCUGUUCCCCGGGAUGUGGGUGGCGCCCAUGCUCGAUCUGAAGGACAACCGUGGCGAGGCGUGUGCCAUGCUGGACGCCUGUCAAGGAAACGAGACCGACUGCGCCGACCAGAAUUGCGAAGACAACGUGUUCAAGUUCCUGAAACGUAACUUCGAAUACAACUACAACAGCAACCGAGCUCCCUUUGGCGUGUUCACCCACCACUCUUGGUUCCUCUUGGACGAGAUCAACGAAUCCACAGCUCACACCAAUGGCUACUUGAGGUUCUUGCAGUAUGUCAACUCCUUGCCCGACGUCUACCUCGUGUCAAUGGACCGCGUGUUGGAGUGGAUGAAGGACCCGCUGCCCGUCAUGGAUCUCGGGUCACACCCUGCCUUCACCUGCCCGACCUUUGACCCCGAAUCGGACUGCCCCGACCCGAUCACGUGCGAGUACCAGGAAGGCCUGCCCGACCCCGGCCUGAAGGAGGUCCUGAUGACCAUGUGCAGCCGCCCGUGCCCCAAGAACUUCCCUUGGCUCGGGAACAUCGACGGCAAUUGAGGUCAUCUCGAAGCCCGGCUGGGUCAGGUCCUCGUGCUGGGAAGCGGGGACUACCCAACGAAGAGAUAAUAAAAUGAUUGAUUAAGAAUCUUGGGACUUUUCGUUAUAAUUCAGAUGCAUACAUGUCAAGGUCUAAUAUAUUCAAUGAGAAAGUUUUGUU